AUGAGAAAUAACAACCAGACCUUCUUUCAACAAGUAGUGCUUUUGGGGUUCCAAGUGCCCUACAGCUUUAAAAUCCCCUUCUUCUUCCUGUUGCUUCUUUUAUACAGUGUAACACUAAUUGGCAAUGUCACAAUUGUUGGUUUGGUGUCUUCAAGUCCCAAGCUUCAUCGUCCAAUGUUCUUCUUCCUCAGUCACCUUUCUAUGUCUGACAUGAUACUGACCACUGAUAUUAUACCUAUUAUGCUACACGGUAUACUUAAAGGUGGAGCAACUAUACCGAUCUCUGCAUGCAUCACCCAACUUCAGUUCUUUGGCAUUGCUUUAACCUCAGAAUGCCUGAUUCUUGCAGUGAUGUCCUAUGACAGGUAUCUGGCAAUUUGCAGUCCAUUUCAUUAUAUAACUAUCAUGGGAAGUAAAUUACAGUAUUGGCUUGUGAUUUCCUGCUGGCUUCUAAGCUUCACAAUUUCAUUUGUCACUGUACUUUUUAUCAGCAAAUUGGAAUUCUGUGGUUCAAAUAUAAUUAAUCAUUUCUUCUGUGACUUUGCUCCACUCUUACAACUUUCCUGCUCUGACACAUCUGAGGUAAUAUUGGAAAACCUUGUGUUGGCUACGCCUACAACGCUGUUGCCAGUCCUGUUCAUUACUGCCACUUACAUCUGCAUAGUUGUCACAAUUCUUAGAAUUCCAUCAAUUACAGCAAGACAAAAAGUAUUCUCUACUUGUAGCUCACAUUUGUCUAUUGUAGGUAUUUUUUUUGGGACUCUAGUUGCACUUUAUGUCGUUCCUUCCAAUGGGCAUUCAUUAAAUGCAAAUAAGGUUCUCUCCCUCCUCUAUACUGUUGUGACUCCAUUGUUCAAUCCCCUAAUAUACUGUUUACGUAACCAGGAGAUAAGGUUUGCUCUUCAAAGACAUUUGUAG